AAGCGUUCGAACAGCUUUUGUCGAUGCUUCAGAGUUGAGAAAGAUUGGGUGUUCUGUUUUUCUAGGUUUCUGUCUCAGUCCCAGUUGAGAGUCCCUGAGAGUUGAGAAAGAUAUCCUUUUUCGACAGACUAUUUUCUUUAAUUCGAGGGCCAUGGAUGGAUGCCGGUAGCUGAUAUAUUAUUGGGAUUUCACCUCUCCUCUGCUUGCUUACCGCAGUAGAAACCCAUGGUAGGUUUUAUGUGCUAGCUGCAUUUGAAGAAUACAAGUUUGAAACUGGUUAUUUUGCGUGUUAGCACGAGGGGAAGCCUAUCGAGCAACUAAAGUUGUUUCUCCACAUUUUGGUGGAUUCAUGGCAGACCUUGCUUUAACUGUGCCUGAUGCUCCUCUUGCAUUGUCAGAACAUGCUUUGGCCAUUGGACAAGAGUUUCCUAAUGUUGAAACUUGCAGAAGAACAUUGAAAGAUAUUGCUAUAGCGCUGCAUUUUGAUCUUCGGAUAGUGAAAUCAGAUCGAAGCCGGUUUAUAGCCAAGUGCUCUAAAGAAGGCUGCCCAUGGCGUGUCCAUGUUGCAAAAUGUCCUGGAGUUCCAACCUUUUCAAUUAGAACCUUACAUGGAGAGCAUACUUGUGAAGGAGUUCAAAACCUUCACCAUCAGCAAGCAUCAGUAGGUUGGGUCGCUCGGUCUGUAGAAGCACGCAUUCGAGACAAUCCACGAUACAAACCGAAGGAAAUACUGGAAGAUAUCCGUGACCAGCAUGGGGUUGCUGUUUCUUAUAUGCAAGCCUGGCGUGGGAAGGAGCGCAGCAUGGCUGCCCUUCAUGGAACUUUUGAAGAAGGGUUUCGCCUUCUUCCUGCAUAUUGUGAGCAGAUAAGAAAAACCAACCCAGGAAGCAUUGCAUCUGUUUUUGCUACCGGACAAGAAAAUUGUUUUCAAAGACUUUUUAUCUCCUACCGUGCAUCUAUUUAUGGCUUUGUAAAUGCUUGUAGGCCACUUCUGGAACUUGACAGAGCACAUCUUAAAGGAAAAUACUUGGGUACAAUACUUUGUGCUGCAGCUGUUGAUGCUGAUGAUGCAUUAUUUCCUUUGGCCAUUGCUACUGUUGAUGUGGAAACUGAUGAAAAUUGGAUGUGGUUUAUGUCAGAGUUGCGGAAGCUUCUUGGAGUAAAUACUGACAACAUGCCUAGACUUACCAUACUGUCUGAAAGGCAUAAGGGCAUUGUAGAGGCAGUUGAAACACACUUUCCCAGUGCAUUCCAUGGAUUUUGUCUGCGUUAUGUUAGUGAAAACUUCCGUGACACAUUUAAGAACACAAAGUUAGUGAAUAUUUUCUGGAAUGCAGUUUAUGCCCUCACAGCAGUUGAAUUUGAAAGCAAGAUCACUGAGAUGGUGGAGAUCUCACAAGAUGUUAUACCUUGGUUUCAACAAUUCUCUCCCCAGCUUUGGGCUGUUGCAUAUUUUGAAGGUAUGCGAUAUGGCCAUUUUAUGCUGGGGGUUACAGAAUUAUUGUAUAAUUGGGCUCUUGAAUGCCAUGAGCUCCCAAUUGUUCAAAUGAUGGAGCAUAUUCGGCAUCAGUUGACAUCUUGGUUUAGCAAUCGUCGUGACAUUGGCAUGAGCUGGACCUCAAUUCUUGUCCCAUCUGCUGAGAAACGGAUUUUAGAGGCUAUUGCAGAUGCACAUUGCUAUCAAGUGCUUCGUGCAAAUGAGGUUGAGUUUGAGAUUGUGUCGACUGAGCGAACAAAUAUUGUGGAUAUUAGGAGUCGUGUCUGCUCAUGUCGUCGUUGGCAGCUCUAUGGUUUACCUUGUGCACAUGCUGCUGCAGCACUUAUUUCCUGUGGGCAGAAUGCUCAUUUAUUUGCUGAACCUUGCUUCACUGUUGCAAGUUACCGGGAGACAUACUCAGAGAUGAUCAACCCUAUUCCUGAUAAGAGCCUGUGGAGGGAACUGGGUGAGGGAACAGAAGGUGGAGGUGCCAAGGUUGACAUUACAAUACGCCCACCCAAAACUCGCCGACCACCCGGCAGGCCAAAAAAGAAGGUUCUUCGUGUAGAAAACUUUAAACGCCCCAAGAGGGUGGUUCAAUGUGGUCGCUGUCAUUUGUUAGGACAUUCUCAAAAGAAAUGCACAAAGCCAAUUUAACUAGGAUGUAGCUUCUUACUGUACCUUUCAGUUAAUCUAAAAAUUGCAACUUAACUAGGUGUGUUUGUAAACAUGAUGUAUGUUUUCAUUUAAUAGCACAAUGGCCUAAUCCUUUUUGUAAUUCACCUUUGUCUUGUGAAUAUGGAGUUACCAUUUUGUCAUAUUCAAGCUUUGUUGCUGAGACAAAUUUAGUAAUAACAAGCACUUGAUCGAUUCUGAA